AUGGCGCGAGUCACAGACAAUGGAGCUGUCUCAGGGGCAUUCGCAGUGACCAGCGGAGUGAAGCAGGGCCGCGUCUUCGUGCCUACGCUCUUCAGUCUCAUGUUCUCCGCCCUGCUGAUGGACGCCUACCGUGACGAACGCUCUGGGAUCCGCAUCGCCUACAGGACGGACGACCACCUCCUCAACCACCAACACAUACACUUCCAGUCACGUGUUUCCACAACUACCGUCCACGAACUUCGCUUUGUCGAAGAAUGCGCCGUCAACGCCACCUCGAUGGGGACCUGCAAAGGUGCAUGAAGCUCUUCGCUUCCCGCGACAACUUCGGCCUUAUCACCAACACAGGGAAAACGGUGGUUUUGCAUCAACCGCCAACCGACGUCGCCCACGUCUCACACCAAAUCAUCGUGAACGGUGCCCAACUGAAAGUGGUGGAGAACUUCACCUGCCUGGGCAGCAGCAUCUCCCACGCCACCAAGACAGACGGUGAAAUCGUCCGCCAGAUCUCCAAAGCCAGCCAAACCUUCGACCGUCUGCAAAGCACAGUGUGA